UUUCUUACGUUACCAGAAUGCUCUUACGUUGGACAACUAACUAAUUAAAUAUUUGAUAAUCAAAUCCCAGGAAUAUAGAAACCUAUAGUUUCAAAAUAUGAUGACGUUUGACGUUUAUGAUUGAGAUCGCUACUGGCGAUAGUUAUUUCGAUGGUAACAUUAAUUUGACAUAUUGGUAAGACUGUUAGUUAUGGGUUAAAAUAUUAACUAAUGCAUUGAAGCAUGUAUCUAUCUUGUAAAUCAUGCAAACGUUUCUUGAAAAAUACAUGUGUGUAUAUAUAGGGGUAAGUGUGGGAGGAAGACAACAUAACUCACCACAUAAAACACAAUCACCUUUAUUACAAAUAAAACUAGAAAGUACAAAAAAAAAAGGAAAUACGAAGAUGAAUGCCACAAAGUUUGUUGUGCUCCUGAUCUUUGUUGGAGUUGUGUGUGCCAAUGUUGGCGCAAGGCAGCUCGAUGAGGUGUCCCAAAAGACCAGAUUUGGCAUCUCUAUUCCCAAGACGGUUACUACCAACGGCAUUGAUGCUGAGCGUAUCGUUAGUAGUGGUACUAGUGCUUACAAUACGGAAUAUAGCAAUUCCAAUGCUAAUGGGGGUGCCAGCGGUCCCAGCUCUAGUUCAUCAGGAAGUGUUAACAAAUAUACCUAUGGAUCUGUCGAUGCGGAUGGUCCCAACGCAAGGGUAGAUACUAGCAGUUACACUUACGGUGCUGCAGGUUCUAAUGCUGCAGCGGGUCCCAAAACUGCCGAGGGUGAUGCAUACGCUUACGGAGAUGCAGGUAGCAAUGCGUCUGGUUCGACCGACAACCCUUAAGCGAUUGGUGGAGCAUGCUCAAUUCUCCGCGUAUGUUAAUAAUACUCUACAAGCCCACAAUCUCUUUUGUAUUCAUAAAUAAAACUAGAGAUUGUCACCUAUAUUAAUGAUGAUAUAGUGUUACUCCUUAUGUCUGAUGUAUGUAUGUGAAAUAAAUGCAAUAAGUGUGACCUAAUCAA